AUGACAAAAGCUGGCAAAGUUCCAAAGAAGAGAACCUUUGACUUUGUAAAGAUCGAGAUCACUGUUAGUCAACUCCCACCCCUCUCAAGGGUCUCUGGAUAUGAAUGUCGCUUUGAUGAGAUGACAUCCAGAGUAACCAGCAUACAGGGUAAUCGGAUCAUGUGCCGGACUCCUCCCCCUGAUCUCAUCCCUGAUAUAGAACCGGGUGAAUCUGCUGUAACAGUUGCCCUGAGCAUCUAUUCCAACGAGACCAGAGUAGCCUUUGUCAAGACUGAAUUGAAUUACUACGAUUGCUCUCUAAUCUCAAGCUGUACGACAUGCAUGAGUAGCCCAUGGGCCUGUGAUUGGUGUAUCUAUGACAACAAGUGUACUCAUGACCAAUCGACCUGCCAGCAAAAUGACAUCGUCAUAUCUUCAAAUGAUGAAAAUGCGAUUGAUCAGUGUCCCUUCAUCAUCACUCCAGAUUUACCGGUACGCGUUCCAGUCGGAAAAGAGUUUGGCUUUGAAUUAGAUGCCAGGAAUCUUCCCAUUCAUGCAACAAAGGUCAAAGGUUAUGAGUGUGUACUGGAAUAUGAAGGUAAACAGCAUCCUGUUAGAGCCACUGUGAAUUCCCCUGCACAAGUUAGAUGUGAAAAUAAUGUGUAUACAUACAAUGCCCACUCUAAAGAAAUCAUGGCCAGCCUAUCUGUAAGAUGGAAUGGAUCGAACGUUAUUGACGACAAUGACAUCACAGUGACUUUGUACAACUGCUCGGUGGACCGCGACAGCUGCAGUCGUUGCUUGUCCCCUUUCUUCACCCCAGCUGACCUGUCGUGUCAGUGGUGCGGAAGUACUUGUGCGGUGAUGGGCAGCAGCUUCUGCUCCGCCACAGGUGUCACGCCUAUCUCGCAGGCCUCGGGAGCGUCUUGCGGUAGACCAAGAAUCACAGAUAUUACUCCAACAAGUGGGCCAAUAGAAGGCAACACGGUUGUGAUGAUUUUUGGAACAGACAUUGGUCAGUCGUUUAAUGAACUGGUCAGGGUGUCACUAGGCGAAUCUGAUUGCGAUUUUGAAGGCUUUGAAGAGUCCUACGACCCAGGAAGGAGUGUGAGUUGUAGGACAUCCGCAGGAGUCGCUGGUCCCGUCAGUGCUACAAUCGUUUUAAAUCAGAAUGGCAAAACAGUAGAAGGGACAGGUGGCCCAAGUUUCAACUAUGAGGACCCUUCAAUCACCAGUAUCUUCCCCACUGAGGGUCUUGAGGCCGGCGGUACUAAAGUCACAGUCACAGGAAUGCAUCUUAACACUGGUAGCUCUGCCAGAGCCAUGUUUGGGGAUUCUCAAUGCAUCUUUACGAGCCCUCCAACAAGUACACAGUGUGUAUGCACCACAAGUCCCUCUCAGCCUCAGAUCAGGACAUAUCUGUCCAUGGUCUUUGAUGGGGCAACCAGGAAUUCCCCGCAGCUUUUUACCUUCUUGCCGAACCCUGAGAUAACCAGGCUCUCUACACUGAAGACCAUCAAGGCUGGAGGAUCUCGUAUUGAAGUAACGGGAUCAGGUUUUGGUGUGAUUCAGUCUCCUAUAAUGAGAGUAUCCAUAUCGGCUAAUGAAAGAGAAUAUGUCGCUGAAGAGUCGUGCAUGAAGAGGGACAAUACGGCCAUCAGCUGCACAUCUCCGUCCCUCCCUGCCGGAGUACUCACUUACUCUCCCGAUAAUAAUAGCACCAGGAAGAGACGUGCUCCUGAAACGGAUCCCCUGGCUUCAGCCACCCUCUCCUUCGUCUUGGAUGGCUACAACUUCACGUAUGGUGAAGAUCUAGUCUACUAUCCUAACCCAGAAUAUGAACGCUUCGAUGAUGAGGAUAAUAUCCACAAAUAUGAAGAGGAUAUUAUCAUCCAGGGUAAGAAUCUUGAUUUGGCCAGCACCAAGGCAGAUGUGGAGGUGAUGGUUGGAGACCAGAACGGAACAGUGACAUCUCUGGCUAAAGAACUGCUCAUUUUCAGUCCACCAAAGGUCAAACCAGGCUUAGGAACACAAGAUAAUAGCAGCAAAGGCAUGCCACUUGUAGUGGUCAAGCAUGGUCACAUCGUCACCCAGAUCGGAUGGAUAGAUUACUCUGCCGUGAAGGACAGUCAGAUGAUGAUGAUCAUUAUCUUGAGUGCUGUAGGAGCAUUGAUCCUCAUCAUAGUGCUUAUCUUGGUGAUUUGCUAUUGGUCCUCUCAGAGGCGCUACAAGGACAAGCUCCAACAGGUUAAGCUGGAGAUGGAUGAGCUCGAAGAUGCCGUCAAGAACGAGGCUACAAAAGCAUUCUUUGACAUUCAGCAAGACAUGUCUGGCAUCAAGGACCAACUUCAUGAUCUUGGUGGAAUGCCGUUCGUCACCCCUCAAGACUACAUCAGGAACAUGCUCUUUGUAGGACUAGAUGUCCAGCCGAUGAUGGCAGACCCACAGCGUCCUGAAGAAAACCUGGACAAGGCCAUGACUGAUUUCUCCAAACUUCUGAACAACAAGGACUUUCUUCUUGUUUUCAUCCGUUGUCUAGACGAAGAUAAGAAGCUUAGUAUGAGAGAAAGGAAUAACAUUGCUUCUCUUUUGACGGUGUGUUUGGUUCUUGAAGGCAAACUUUCCUACCUUUCAGAUGUGAUGCUGACAAUGAUGUCAGAACAGAUCACCAAUGCUGCUGAUGUAGAUAGAUACAGACAGCAAUUUAGAAGUGUUGAGACCAUUGUGGAGAAACUCUUAGCCAACUGGAUAUCUCUGUGUAUGUACAAAUAUAUACAGAAACAUGUUGCCUAUCCUCUCUACAUGUUGUACCAAGCCAUCAAGUUCCAGGUGGAGAAGGGCCCCAUAGACGUCAUUACUGGACACGCCCACUUCUCACUCAACUAUGAGUACCUUUUGGACGAGGAUGUUACUUACAAUGAAGUGGGUCUUGAGGUAGAGAACCAGGUCCUGCAGAGUGAGACCAACACAGUGAAGAUCCUGGAUGUAGACACAAUCACACAGGUCAAGGAGAAGGUCCUGGAUGCUGUCUUCCGCAACAAGCCACAGUCGGAGAGGAAGAUUGCAUCGGAAGUUGACCUAGUUUUGAGGAGUGGAAAGAUGGGUCAGCUAGUGUUGAGAGAUACUGAUAAUACUACAGAGAAACCCGAUGUACCUAGAUGGGCUAAGGUCAAUACUAUCCAACAUUACAGGAUUACUGAUGGUGCAGUCGUAGCUCUAGUUUACAAGCAAGACAAUCCUAAUGCAAGCCUAGCAACUCCCUUGGAUGAGGAAACAGAAUUGCUGGCACCAAGUCCUGCUGCCAGUCCAAAGAGAUUCUCUGAACCUCUUCAAAGAUUAAACACCAACGUAGAGAGUGAUCUAGAAGAAGGAUUCCAGUUUUAUCAUAUAUCAAAUCUGUAUGAAGACGAUGCAACGAAGAAGACGAUGAGUCGCAGAGGCAAGUCAUCAAGCAGCACGAGAAUCAAACAUAGGAAGAUACGAGAGAUCUAUCUUAGAAGAUUAGUAUCCACUAAGAAAUCCAUCCAGACGUUUGUAGACGAAGCAUUGCAGGUGAUGUUAUCAGUCUCCGAUGACAGGCCUCUUCCCAAGUCCCUCAAGUAUAUGUUUGACUUCUUAGAUCGUCAGGCAGACAGACACAGACUCAAACCAGACACUGCAGAACUCUGGAAGAAUAGCUGUCUUCCGCUGAGGUUCUGGGUGACCGUAUUGACCCAUCCCUCCUACGUCUUUGACAUGAACCAAACCAGGACAGUGGAUGCUUGUAUCAGCGUACUCACUCAGAUGCUGGACAAUGCAUGCAAGGGCAUUGUACCAAAGUACAACUUUGAGACAUCUCCUAGCCGAGUGCUGUAUGCCAGUGAGUUGCCUGGGUACAUCGAUAUGAUUCCAAACUUCUACAACGCAAUCAGAGAACAGCCCAGGGUCAGGCAAGAGGAGGUUGAUGAGGAGUUUGCAGAUCUUUGUGAGACAUUCCAAGGAACAUUCAGUAAAGUUGGCACCUUGCAUCAGCUAUACGAGUAUGCCAGCAAGCGAAAUGAUACAUUGAUAAUGGCUUUAGAAGAUGACGAGCAAUGUCAGAGGGCAAGUAUGGGAUACAAGCUGGAGCAGAUAGGACAGACAUUAGCCCGAGGUGGAGACUAAAAGAUGGAACAGACAUAACCUGGACCAGGACUAGGACCUCGUUUGUCUAUCCAUUCAGAUAUACCUGGCUCUUUAAGGAUUUUCUGAAAAGCUCUAUGUUGAACAGCAUGAAAGUGAUCUAGGUGUCCAGGUGAACUGUUGCUGAUGUCUUCACAGAUGGUUUGUGCCCAUCAGCAGGAGAUACCUGAGAAUUAUAUUGGUGUGUCAACUGCCUUGUGAAUUUAUCUUGAGAAAAACCUUGUUCUGUAAAUGUUGAAAAACAAAUGAAUUGACUUGCCAAUCUUGUUCUUGUGACCAAAAAAAAAUGUUGUGCAGCAUUGUUGUCUUUGAUGGCUCUCAAAGUCUUUGUCAUCAUCUUUGUCACGAGGCAUCAAACGUGUCUAUUGGGUGGUGAUAACCAAAACUGUUUGAAAUAUAGUGUAAGAUGCAGAAAUGAAAUGAUGGUGGCUGGUUCGAGGGACAUGACAUUGGAUUUAAAAAUUGUAUGUAAACCCCAGCCAAAGUAGGUUCAGUGUAUUGCAUUAUACACAGUGUAAUUGGACUCAGUCAAAUAUUGUGUCUGGCACAUGGAGCAUUCGCAUCUCACCAUGUAUAUUGUCAAUGGAAUCCAGAUUCAAGUGUAUGUAACAAUGGCUGAAUGUCUAUAUUGAUUAACAUGUGGCAGCCAACUAGUCACCUGGUGAAUGUUUGCAUGUCAUGUGACCAGAUUCUACAGUCACAUGACAAUGCAGAAAAGUCAUGUGACUAGCUGUUUCUCAGAGCAGCUCAAUUAUAUACAGCACAGCUAAAGUGAUCAUUGCGGUCUAUGUAUGCUUGUGAGUGGAGAAAUAAAACAUGGUUUCAAGAGUUUUGUAUAAAAAAAAAUAUGUUAUGUAAAUGAUCCACCGUUAUUUUUUUUUAAAGAGUGUCCGUGUUUUUGUGCCUAAGAUUUGAAUUCAAGGGUGGGCAUGUGAGAAUUUCAAAGUGUAAAAGGAAUUGUGGUUUUACUAAUAAAUAUGAAUGGACUAUGAAAUUUAAGAAUUGUGAAUAUUUAAUGAGCUAGCCAUAUGAUAUGUAUAUUUAGCAUGUAGUUACCCUAUUCUAUAUUCAGUAGCUAUACGUUUGCUGGGCAAAGUAAUCCUGCAGAUGGUAUUUAAUAGAUGGAUGUGUCAUAGAUUGCCUUUAAUACAGAGUAAUUCGGAUUCUUCUUUCUGCUUGGUUUGGUUCACUUUCACAAACCUGCCAUUACUUUCAGAACAAAAUUCAUUUUUUCUCUUAAUAUUCAUUGGCGAUAUCUCAUGUCUUUGUCGAUUUCAGUCUCUCUUCUUUUUUUAAAAGAAUCAUUAUUCAGAAUUUGCCAUAUCUUUUACAGAGGAUUAAGUUUUGGUCAAAGAAUGUGAAAUUGAUGGAACAAUUUGUUUGCUUUGUCUCACGAUUCAAAUUUCUGAAAGAAGAUGCAAUCUCUAUAAUUCUUGAAUUGUAGAGACCUCAUUGGAUAGUUUCAAAUCGUUAUUCAACUUUAUUUUUUUAAUGUAUAUGUUCUUACAGCAGCCAUAUAUUUGCUUUUAUGAUUCAUUUUUCUCUGGGCUACUGUGUCUCAUAUCAGAUUUUCAAUUGGAUAAAAAUGAUUAUCACUUCAUACUUUCUAUGGGUCAUUCUAAAAACAUCACUAUUGAUGACAAUCAAGUUUCAACCAUCAGACCCCCAAACCUAUGCCCGACCCCUAUUCCAUCAAGAAAACAACAAUUGAGAAGCUACAUAUUGCAUUCAGUCUUAGUGGCUUGUGAAACCCAACCCAUAAUAUGCAAGAUCAGGGUCCUGUUUCAUAAUGCACAAUUCCUAUAACAAAUUCUAUCCACCAAUCAGAUUGCCGGAUUUCAGUAGCUUUAGACUGUUGUUGCAAAUUUGUUAUUAUAACAAGAUUUAUGAAACGGGGGCCCCAGAUUACAAAUGAGUGCAUUGUGGAUGUUAAAUAUUCAGUUUUUAUUCAAGCCAUUAUGCAGUGUCCAGCCCAUCCUUCCAUGUUGUUAUCCUGACUACAAUAACAGUGAAGGAUGCAAAGCUACUGUUGAAGAUGGUUUAAACCAUGGAUUGUAAUUUUUUAAUAAUUUUUUUUUUAGAAUGAUCCUAUCUUUAUUCAAGUGAUGAGUGAUUUUAUUUCUCUCAAACGAUUCAUAAUUACUUCAAAAUACAGUCAAGUGCUUUUAAGUUAUUCUUGAUUGUUUUAAUUACUCUGUGACGGAUAAAACAGAUUCUGAAACUAUAAUGCUUUCUAUUUAUUCUUCAAUCUUUCAUACUUCACUCAUUGUAAGUUUCCAUGUUGGGUUAGAAUGUAUGAGAAAUGAAAUGUAUUGUUAUUUGCUUUUAGAUAUUGGUGAAUGAUGUGUUCUGUAUUCGGGAUUUCAGAGGCAUGAAACAGAAAUUGCAUUACCUUCUUUAUUCUGUUGACUUUGUGGAAUUUGAGUGAAAUGCACCUUGCAAACCAGAAAUACUGUGUAUAAAGCGGCUAUGUACCAAAUUUCUUUCAACUCAGUUCUGUGUGUUUAUCGUAUAAAACAAACUUACUUAACCAUUUAAUCUAUUGUUAUUAAUUACGCAAGGCAUGAUUUUAUAAGAACCAGCCGUUGCAAUUUGUAAUUCAGUACUUAAAAAAUCUUUCACCCAUGCACUGUUGUGUCUUGAUAUUUUUGCUAUGACACUGAAUUCAGAUAUUUUAUGCAUGUGCAUGAAACGUGAAGGUAAUCUGCAAAAUUAUUAUUAUUAUUAUAUUCUAUCAUGUAUGAAUCUUUGUUGUCUUGUGUGUUAUGUUUUGUGUGUUACAUUGCUUUUACUCUCAAUUAAUAAAUCACUUGCUAGUACUAUAUAUCUCUUACUAUUACAAUCAGUUUUUUUGUAUGUACAAAGUCAUUAUCUUUAUACUGCAAUAUUUAAUUUUGCAUGUCAAAUCUGUACAUGUUCUUCAUAUCUCUUCUUCAUUUUUUUUUUGCAAAGCAGUGGUAUUUGUUGCUUGUUUUAUCAAAGGAAUUAAAUUUACUUUAAAUGAUAAUCAUUAUUGUAUUUGGAUGGAUUUGGGUUUCUCAAUGAAUGCUAUUCUAAAUAUCGUUACGAUAAGUCAAAUUGCCAUUGACUUGAUAUUGUAGCCUUUAUUUGUUGUGUAGUUCAAAAAUUUAGCUGAAAUGUUUAGUCACCACAACAUCCAGAUAUUGAUAUAUUAAGAUAAAUGUAAAGCUUAUAAUGUAAAAGAAUACUAUAAAUGCAACUGCCAUGUCACAAAUGUACAAUGUAAUCAUGUGUGCUCACUGUGCACAAACUCUCAAUAAAAAGAUUAUUCAUCCUAUUCCAAUGGAAAGAUAGUUGAACAAUGUAAGAUGGCAAAGUGGAUCCUAAUAAAUUGAUGGAUUGCAUUCACAUUCUUUAAUUGCUUUUCCCCUAAAGUUUAAAUUCAAUGUGGUGAGCAGGCAUAAGUAAGUUAUAAUGACUGGUUAUGGUUAGAGAUGAGAAUUGUUUGUAACAAGGAUCCACAUUACUAUUUUAUAAAACAAAUAAUGCACUUAAAUUGGCAUUAGUAUGAUAACCCACACACCUGUUACCUUUGGAACAGUCCAAACCACUUCAGCUAGGUCUGAGCCUGCAUGUUCCAAAGGUAUCGUGUGCGUAUAAUUAUUACUAAUGCCCUUAAUGAUUUUUGUUAUCUAUAUAUUGAUAUAGGUAUUUAAUUAGACCAGUUUUUAUCUGCCUAUAUAGCAUAGUAUUCACCUCCUGUUCAAAACUUGUUUCAUAGGUUAAGGUUUCACAUAGAACUGCCCAAUAUUGUGUUGAACACUGCUAGAUUGUUAUAGACCAUUUAUCAUUCCGAUUUGACCUGAAAUCACAAGGAAAGUCUUUAUUUGACAAAAUAGAAUUCUAGUGGAUUGUGCUGCAACGUGCAAAACAUUUAGCCUUUUUUUUUUAGUAUUUAGUAUGGUAAAUACUAGUGAAUAUUCACUUUCUAAUAUGCAUUAAUGAAAUCUAAAUUUGAACCAAUCGUCAUUUAAGUCCAAAUGUUGCACAUCUGCAAGCACUCUGUAAUUCUGUGAAAUGAUUGUGUAGGUAAAGAUUUACAUGAAUUUUGGAUAAUCAUAUGCAAAGAUUAAUAGGAAAAAAUAGGUGUGAAUUUAACUGAUAUGUGAUAGGUGGCAUGAUAUGAAUUAUCUACACUUGUAGAAAAAAAAAGCAAAGCACUGGAUUUGUUAAUACUUUGCUUUCGCAACAAUUAACUGUCAAAGAUGUAAACAAUUAAACAUUUUGAAGGCAAAUACUUGAAAUCCCCAGUCCCACUUAUUCUGGAAUGACUGGUAUAAAUUGUUUUACUUAAAACCAAUGGAAGGAUGAAACAUAUGGACCCAU